GAUUUGAGCACACUACGAGCACACCUCGCUACUUCACGUCCCUCCCACCAUACUCGAAAACCCGUCGGUCUGCAUUCCACAGUAUUCUGGUGGACGCCAAGCAUCGUGUUUCGUAUAAGUUUGAUGUUCGAACGGAUUGAACAAAAUGAAGUGAUUUGUUGGUGUUGAGCCUUGUAGACGUAAAGUACGUCGUGGUUCCUAUGCGAAAAGGACCCUAUAAGCGUGGAAAACGAUCUAGCUGAAAGACAGGCGAGCCGGACGCGUAAAGGAAUGUGUCAAGAUGCGACCGGUGUGUUUCCUCUGCGGCGCCAUAGCGGUUUUCCUCCACGCGACGGGAUGCUGGACAUCCGAUAUGGGUAUGACGUUCACGCGACAUCCUCAGCCGUUGGUUGCUCCCUUGGGCGACGACGUGUACUUCGAAUGCAGUCUCAAUCUUCCUGCUGAGAGAUUCGCCUGGCGUCACAGGCCUUUGGGUUCCAAGGAGUGGGGUCCGCUUAUUUACUCGAUGACCAAUGGCGGCAAAACUUCCAAACACGUCGUUAACUUCGAUACGGAAUCUAAGGCUGGUGACUUUCGAUGCAUUGCUUUCUAUGGUACGAGUGGCUUGGCUUCCGAUCCCGCGCGACUCACUCUUGCCAGAAUUGAACAGUUUUCGGAUAAGAGCUCCGUGGAGAUUGCAGUCGCAGCCGGAAAUACAGUACCGAUCACUUGCCCUGUGCCUUAUUCGUCGCCCGAGGCGGUUGUACAAUUUUACAAGAACGACACUCCUAUUGAAAAUGUUAAUAUGACGGGUAGUAAGACGAUGGUGAUCGAGCACGCGAAGCUUACGGAUUCAGGAAGUUACACUUGCACGGCCAGCAACUAUAUCACUUCCGAAACCGUAUCGAACAGCCAUCCCAUAGUUUUAAAUGUACGAACGAACCAAGGACCGCAGGAGCUGUAUUUCGUGAAGCAGCCGCAAGCCGAGUACAAGGUACUGCGUGGUAAAAACGUGACCCUCGAGUGCUUUGGAGCAGGCUAUCCCGUUCCAAGCGUUACUUGGACCAAGUUGGGCAGCGCCUUGCCAAAACAAUCGUGGUACACACCCAUGGGAUUGACUAUAGUGAACGUACAGCCCGGAGAUCGGGGCGAAUACGAUUGCAUUUGGAGCAACGGUGUGAAAUUGAUCAAAACCAUGAUUAUCUUGAAAGUCGUGGAAGUGCCUCGAGUCGUCAAAUCACCCAAGUCGUCGACUUUCUCGGAGGGCGGUGAACUCGAUCUUUAUUGCACUGUAAACGGUAACCCGGAACCGACGAUCGAGUGGCUGAUCAACGGGGAGUCACUGAUGCAGUACGAUAACGUCGAAAUCAAGGGUGCCGCUCUUUUUAUUUCACCAGUGGAGAAGAAACAUGCCGGCAUCGUUCAGUGCGUCGCCAGCAACGAGUAUGGUUCCGAUUCUGGAUAUAGUUUAUUGAGGGUCAAUCCAAAGCAACAUAUGAGUGGUACAACUGAAUCGAGACCGGAUCGUAUCCCCACCAGAGGAUACAAACAUACGCGAACCGGUGGCAGAAGACAUAGCAAAGAGGGAAAACGAAAGGGGUCUGAAAUUCUGGUACCACCAGAUCAGCCAAACGUUACUAGACUGUCGGACACAUCGGUAAUGGUCAGGUGGUCCGUACCGGAAAAUAAUGGGCUGCCGAUUCAGUUCUUCAAGGUGCAGUAUCGGGAACUCGGGCAAAAGAUGAAUGGGAAGCAAUCCAAGUGGAUGACUGCUAAUAUGGAGAUACCCAAUCACGUUCGAUCCUUCGAAGUGAACGAAUUGCAAUCUAAUCGUACUUAUCGAUUCAGGAUAGCUGCUGUUUACUCUAACAAUGACAAUAAGCUCAGUCCCAAUUCAGUACGCUUUCAUCUUAAUCGAGAUGAAGGAUUACUUGAAAGUAACAAGAUGCCAAUUCCUUUGUUGACCAACACCGAAGCUUUGAGUCCGCACGAGGUUCUUCUGAUUUGGCAAAGUCCAAAGAAUUGCGUGGAUGUCGAGGGCUUUUACGUCUAUCAUAGAGCUUCCACGUCUGCCGGGGAUUAUAUGAAAACUACAGUCGAAGGAAGAAACGCUGGAAAUAUAACGAUCAGUCAUCUCAAUCCAGAUACGACCUACGAAUUCAAGGUGCAAAGCUUUUCUGUAGAUGCUGCUUCAGAAUUUUCACAGAUUCUCAGACAGAAAACGAAGAAAGCUGUGGUGGAACCACCGGUUCAGCAGGUCCUCGCUGAAAAUAAUCAGAAACCUGUCGAAAGUGAAAAGAAUGCUAGCAUGUAUGCAAUCAUUGGAGGUGUUUUGGGCGGAGCUAUUGUUUUGGGCGGUUUGGCAGGCAUCGCUGUGAUUUACAAGAGACGAAAGCGUAAACCAAGCAGGGAGUCUUCGCAAUCGCAAGGUAAACCAAUGACGAAUGGCAGAGUAAUGAACGGUGGGGUAACUGAUUCUAAGAUCAACAUAACCGCAAAUCCACUGGCUGGUCUCGAUACGCCCGAAAACACGAUGCAGCCUAAGCGCACUGUUGGACAACAAUCUUCGAUGGAAAUGGCCUCGUUUCUUAACGGUCAGAACAACAACAGCAACAGCCAUAACAGCAGUGACUCGGCUGAGAGUGGUAUGAACGCUGCGCAGGCUGAGCCCGCCUUGCUUCAAGGAUCACCACCUAACGAACAGUCACUCUGAGCGCAUCGCUGUUAUACCAUAGUUUGCUAAUAAUCCGCAAGGAGAUCUUCGAGCGAAAGGGCCUCAAGUCUCCGUCUUGCGUUCCAUAUGGAAACGCGUCUUCCUUCGUCUUUUCGCUAUUUCAUGCGACAAUUUAGUUUGAUAUUUAUGGUUUUGUGACAAUAAGUCAAAUUCUAGUAAGACUGGAGAAGCACUUUGCGUCUUUUAUUUACGAUUACUCUCAGCUCAGAAUAUUUAUGGACUUUAUAGAUUGUAGGUAAUCCUUUAAGGUAUGCAUUCUUCUCUCGGCUUGAAACGGGACAUGACAUUCAUGAGACUUAGCCCGGUCUGUAUUUUCUUUAGUAGGCAUAACUACUAGGAAGCCGUGGCACUUGCUCGGCAUUGAGCCGUUUUUUUUUUUAAAUUCUUAUUGAGUGAAACAUUAUCGUGGAACUCUUACUCCACAAGCAGGCAGCUUCUAUGAAUCCUUUAUUUAUCGAUUCAUACGAAUUGUUAAGGUUAUUUUUAUUGCUUUGUACAUACUCGGACUGAUACUGAUUUUAUUGAUAAGAGUUUGAGAAAAACACAACGUAGGCUACAUUUAGGUAAAUAUGGUUUUUUUUUUCAAUUUUAUCAUUGGACAAAGCGUUUCUUGUGUUUUUUCUUAUUAAAUACAUUGAUAACGAUUGUAUUUAAUGAAAAAGUGUAAAUUUACAUCACAGGUAAUCUGAGACUUCGGAUUUUUUGAGAUUCUAGUUCUUAUACGUAUUCUUAAGAAGAACUUCUUUUUGUGAGAAAAUCAGUUUCCAUUGCUAGCCGGUACGCGAACAUUAAAUAAUGAAAAUUUUUUAAUGAGUAUUUCGAGUCAUUACUACUCUUAUAGUUUCUUUUGAAUCAUGAAAAUCAAAAACGCCAGUGGAUAGGUUCUAUCAAGACUUUAUAUUUUUUGCUCAUCAUGGAAUUUACGAAAUUUAGUUAUCUCAUACAGAAUUGUAGUUUUACAAAUUAUCGAAUGAGUACUUCUUUUAGAGAAGCUGCUUUAUUCAUGCAUCAGUAGCACCUUUACAAGUAUUACGAUCAAGGUUCUAUUUAAGAUUUUUAAUUAUUUACGCCUAUUGUCAUUAUUAUUAUAGUAUAGACUUUAUUAAUAAUUACUAGUUGGCGGCUCUCAGUAGUUAAUCGUUAAUGCGAAUGAAAUUUUGGCGAUUAAAAAUGAUAUUUAAUUUACAUGGAAAGUGAGAAUCUGGUUGUGCGUCAAAAAAAGAAUAUUGUGAAAAGCGUUGAUACCUUCAAAUAUUCAAUGGAGAAUUAAAGUGGUCCGAUGAUAAAACCCAAACCAAGAUAAAAUUCAGAAUUUUGUUUAUAUAUUAGAUAAUAACUAAAUAUUCGUCUGUCAACAAUUUCAAGAUACUUAACUGAGUAGUUUUUGAGAUUGAAAAAGAACGAAGUAUCAAUUUUUAUUAUAUAGAUAUACUCAACGUGUAAAAAUGAAUAUCUUUAAACUUGAUUAUCUUCAUUUUUGUACUGCCUGUUUAACACGUGCUUCCAUAUUACUAUUAUGAUUGUCAUCACCGGAUCACUUUAUUCAUCUACAAAUUGUAUAUAUGAAUCUUUUUUAAUCCUUAAGUUUAAAUUAAAAUAUCAUCAACUUGCGAUUGCAUUUUCUAUACGUAUACACAUAUAUAUACGAAUACUGAAAAUAUAUUAUUAAUAAAUUAGCAUCCCAGAGUCACGGUACACAAACCGCAAUCGUAUAUCUUCGUUAAAGGGAACUGCAGAACGUAAACCAGGAAGUUGUAUAUAUUAGAAUAUUGUUAUUAUAAUGCAGUGUAUGUGCCUUACAUCUUGCCCAGCAAUAUAAUAUUGAUAUCAAUUAUUUAUAUAUACGAAUAUUUUUAUGUACCCUAAUAUAAUUUUUAAAUAAUAAAACAUGAAAACCUUUACAUUGAAA